CCAGGAGACUGUCUGCUCGUCCACCCUGGCAGGGAAUGCAUCGGACAAGCCGCCAUCUUCAUCGCCCUAUCCAUGGGCUGCACCGUUUUUAGCACAUUCAGUACCCGUGAAGAAUACCAGUUUCUUAAAAGCGUGUUUCCGUGUCUGGAGGAUCGACAUUUCAUUAGAUCAGAUGACCUUUAUUUGGAUGAGCAAAUACUGAAGGAAACAGGAGGCAGAGGUGCGAAUGUUGUGCUCAACAUAUGCAACAGCGAAAAGCUCGAGGCUAGCGCCUGCUCCCUGGCAUGUCGUGGAUGUGUCAUCAGCGUUGAAACUUACCGCUCUGCAACAAAGUCUUCAACACGAGUCGAUGAACUCUGCGAUAAGCUGAAGGGCGUCAACGUCGUCCACGUUGAGCCGGACGUACUGCACUUGAACAACGCGAGUGCCUUGGAAGACAGGUGUCGUGUCGCCAAGCUACUUAAUGAUGGAAUCGCGUCGGGGGCAGUGAAACCAUUGAUAAGUACAUGUUUUCCUCGAGACGAGGCGGUGGAAGCGUUUCGACUGAUCGCUAACGGAAACUCAAAGGGCAAAGUAUUGAUUCAAGUGCGAUCUGAGGAAGGCUGCUCUAGCACCGGUCCUAGCCCAGCAUUUGCCGUCGAGGCUUUGCCACGCGUCUAUUUGUACGAAAGCAAGACUUACAUCAUUGUUGGAGGCCUGUCCGACAUCGCUCUAGAACUGGCGGAAUGGUUGAUCGACAGAGGGUGUCGCAAGUUGCUUCUUAACUCGCCAUUCGGGGUGAAAACUGGGUUCCAGCGUUUCCGCAUUCACAAAUGGCAACGCGCUGGAGUCACGGUGCUCGUCAGCGACGCCGACACAUCGACGAAGGAAGGGGCGUCAAAGAUUGUCCAGCAAGCUGCGGCCAUGGGGCCCGUCGGCGGCAUUUAUAUUCUUCUUACGUUACUUCUGGGCGUACAUUACACAGAUCGUAAUGCCGAUGAGCUCGACCUCUUCAUCAAGUUGAAGGUUGACGGCACCAUACAUUUGGACGAGCUGUCUAGGAAAUGCUGCCCUCAUCUCGACCACUUCCUCGUCUUCUCAUCGCUGUGCUCAAGUUGUGGUAGCCCUUGUGACCCAUAUAGUGGCUACGCCGACUCUGUCGUUGAACGCAUUUGUGAGAACCGGGUUGCAGAUGAACUACCCGGACUCGCCAUACAGUGGGGCGCCCUUGAAGACGGCAGCCCCACUGAGGAUACGACAGGCCCCGCGGUAACGUCAGAUGGCACAGUGCCCCAGCGAAUCAGCUCCUGCUUGGAUGUAAUUGAACGCUUCCUGGGUCAAAGUCAUCCGGUCGUCUCAAGCCUGGUCAGGACAAACCUGCCUUUGGAGCCCCAUAAGACCACAGAUAAGAUGGAUCUCGUCUGCUCCGUCGCGCGCGUUUUCGGAUUUCGAGAUCCGAUGAACUUGGAUCCCACCGCGACCCUCGGCGACUUGGGCAUGGACUCCGCGAUGGGCGUGGACGUUCAGCAGCUGAUUGAGGAAGAAUGCGGCCUCAACCUGUCCGUACACGAGAUCCGACAGCUCACCAUCGGCCAAUUGCUAAAUAUCGGCGGCGUGAAAAGUGAUUGCGCUGCUACCUUAUUAAAACGCAGUCCAACGGGCGCUUAACGCAGGCGGUGGCAGACGGCGUUCAUGCCUGCAGUUUUGCACGAACGAGUAAAUCGAAUCGUACGCAGCUCCUUUUCACCUUAUCCCAAUUUCGUAAUAAAAAU